GAGGAGCAGUGAGGCUGGGCGAUAAACAGGCUGUGGCUAGGGAGGAGGGGCGGGGGCAUUUGUUCCGCCGGGACUUUUCACGCCUCCUUAUUUCUUUAGGUGUGGUUAGGUUCGGACGCGGGGUCGCGGCGGCGGACUGGAGCCCACUCCUGGGUGAAAGGAGAAAGGAGCCCCCGCGGCGAACUGUUGAAGUUGCGGAGAGGAUGCGAGACGGGUUUUCCCCUAUGCCGGCCAAAUGGUGCGGCCCUGAGCGGUUUCAGGACCCAGCCCGACGUGUCUGAGAGAGGCCCCGGAGGGGGCAGGGAGGCGGCCCGCAGAACGCGGGUUCUGUGAGGAGACGUGGAGAAAAUUCGACUCGGAGAAGAGGAAGCGCCCGAUUGAAAGAGCGAGGCCUCUGAGGGGGAGGGGGCUGCCAAGAUGGCGUCGGCCUCCUCGGGGCCGUCGACGGUCGGGUUUUCAUCGGUGGAUGCCAGCGUCCCUUCCUGCGCCUCGUCCUCAGCAUCUGGCGUCAAGAGACCCAUGGCAUCUGAGGUGGCGUAUUCCUCUGGCAUGUCCACGAAGAAAAUAGGCCACCGAGGCGUUGACUCUUCAGGAGAGACGACAUAUAAGAAGACAACCUCAUCUGCCUUGAAAGGUGCCAUCCAGUUAGGCAUUACUCACACUGUUGGAAGCCUGAGUACCAAACCAGAGCGUGAUGUCCUCAUGCAAGACUUCUAUGUGGUGGAGAGUAUCUUCUUUCCCAGUGAAGGGAGCAACUUGACCCCUGCUCAUCACUACAAUGACUUUCGCUUCAAAACCUAUGCACCUGUUGCCUUCCGUUACUUUCGGGAGUUAUUUGGUAUCCGGCCCGAUGAUUACUUGUACUCCCUCUGCAAUGAGCCACUGAUUGAACUCUGCAGCUCUGGGGCUAGUGGCUCCCUCUUCUAUGUGUCCAGUGACGACGAAUUCAUCAUCAAAACAGUCCAGCAUAAAGAGGCAGAGUUCCUGCAGAAGCUGCUUCCAGGGUACUACAUGAACCUCAACCAGAACCCUCGCACUUUGCUGCCUAAAUUCUAUGGGCUGUACUGUGUGCAGGCAGGUGGUAAGAACAUUCGAAUUGUGGUGAUGAACAAUCUCUUACCACGGUCAGUGAAGAUGCACAUGAAAUAUGACCUCAAGGGCUCAACGUACAAACGGCGAGCUUCCCAAAAAGAGCGAGAGAAACCUCUCCCCACCUUUAAAGACCUUGACUUCUUACAAGACAUUCCAGAUGGUCUUUUUUUGGAUGCUGAUAUGUACAAUGCUCUAUGUAAGACCCUACAGCGUGACUGUUUGGUGCUACAGAGCUUCAAGAUAAUGGACUAUAGCCUCUUGAUGUCAAUCCAUAACAUAGAUCAUGCACAACGAGAGCCCUUAGCCAAUGAAGCCCAGUACUCGGUUGACACUCGCAGACCAGCCCCCCAGAAGGCUCUCUAUUCCACAGCUAUGGAGUCUAUCCAGGGCGAGGCUCGGCGCGGUGGCACCAUGGAGACCGACGACCAUAUGGGUGGCAUCCCUGCCCGCAAUAGUAAAGGGGAAAGGCUGCUGCUUUAUAUUGGGAUCAUUGACAUUCUACAGUCUUACAGGUUUGUUAAGAAGUUGGAGCACUCUUGGAAGGCUCUGGUACAUGAUGGGGACACCGUGUCGGUACACCGGCCAGGCUUCUAUGCAGAACGGUUCCAGCGCUUUAUGUGCAACACCGUGUUCAAGAAGAUUCCCUUGAAGCCCUCUCCUUCCAAAAAGUUUCGGUCUGGCUCAUCUUUCUCACGGCGAGCAGGCCCCAGCGGCAACUCCUGCAUUACUUACCAGGCAUCGGUCUCUGGGGAGCACAAGGCACAAGUGACAACAAAGGCGGAAGUGGAGCCAGGCGUCCACUUCGGUCGUCCUGAUGUUUUACCUCAGACUCCACCUUUGGAGAAAAUCAGUGAGGUCACGACUAUUCCUGACCCCUAUUUCUCACCUGUAGUUGAAGAAACUUUACAAAUGCAAACUACAAGUUCAACCCUCUUGGAAGAGCCUGAAGUUGCAGAGUCAGAGCUCGCCCACUGAGCAAAAGGCCUCAGAAGACCUAGAACAAGAUUCUGCCAACUUGGUGAUCCCAAGACGCCAGCCCUUGCCCCAGCAGUGCUGAGUGUAACUUCCUCAUGGUCGUCACAGAAGGAGCGUACUGGAGGCUGGGGGCCUCUGUCUUUUUCCCGAAGAAGAUCCUCUUCUCCCUCCCCUUCCAUAUGAAUGGGCGUUAGUGCCUCACACGGUUGAGGACAGCAGCAUCCUCCCCACUUCCGAGUUGAGUGGCACGAGUUUUCAACUGGCCGACCUUGGCUUCCACAAUUGAAUUGUUUUCAAGCCCCCAAUUCUUCCUUCUGGAAGCGGGGUUGCUGUACUUGAUGGUUUUCUUCCUCUUCAUCUACCCUUCACCAGGAGCUGGACUCUUAAUUUCCUCAGGACAGACUGGCUGGCACAUUGUCUCCACCUUAGCUCUUCCUCUGGAAGAAGACCCUUGUAAUCUUUGUAAAGGUUUUGGGGGCGUGAUGGUGUUAAAUCAACCCCUACUUUCUUCUUCUUCUUUUUUUUUAUUCCUUAAAAAAGGAAAGGAAAACUAGCACACAGCACACAAUUUCAAGCCAGUUCAGAUCAGAACUCCAGAAGCAUUGGAGAGAUGCCUAUUCAUGGGGUUCCCUCAGAAGAGCCCCCUGGUGUCUGAGAAAUGGAAGUGUGGCACUGCUUUGCCAAGAGCAGCUCCUCUUUAGCUCCUCCUCUCUUGAUGAAUUUCUUAAGACUGAAGGAAUGGAGAGAGUGGGACGUGGGGUAAUCUUUAUCCCUUUUGUUGAAACAGGACAGUCACAGGGCUAGAAGAUCAGAGCCCUUCCUAGGUGGAACCCUACUCACUGCCGGGCCAUCACAAUUAUUAUGGUUUGGCAGUUUGAAAUGUAUUCUGCUUGUUUUCCUAAAUAUGAAGACUUAAACAAAUUUGGAUCCUUCUCGAAAGGAGGUUUCUUCCUUGCCCUUCCCACCUUUUCCAACAGAGUUCUGCUAUUCAUGCAGUUGAAGUGGAAAGGGGAUCUGUGUCCAUUUAACAGGCAGUCUAUCUCUGAGGCUAGAGAAUAUUCUCUUAGGCUCACGGGGGAGCCAGCAGAUUCUGGCCUAGGUGAGGUCAUUGUGCCACGUGCCCUGCCCCUUCUCAUACAGAGAACACGGAAGUGGGGGCCACGUAAUCCCUCUGUUCCGUCUCCGAGAGUUGUGGUUCCCCAUCCAGUCCUCCUGCUCCUGCCAGGGGAAGAGGGGGCCUGGCACCUCAGGCGGAUUGUGGAGCGCUCUCCCCCGUCUCCGUCCUGCCCGUCCCCCAAGUAACUGUCUAUAUUAGACACCCCCAGCCAGCUUCUGGCUGCCUGUCUUUGCUGCCAUGUUCUUUUUUACAAGAAGGAAAGAAACAAUUCUUGCUAUUUUUUUUUCAUAAUUUACUAUUUAUGAUGUAUUUAAGUGUUUUAUUCAGGACAGAGUUCUGUAGGGGGUGGGAGGGAAUAUUUGAGGGAGGCUGGGUCUUAGGGAAGGGAGUUCUGGGGAAUCAACAUUUUUAUGAAGUGUCAUUAUUUGCCUCUACUUUGUAUUGUUCGGAAAUGGCAAAUGCAAUAUAAAAGUGAUAAAUAUCUGUUUUAAUGUAUUAAACUUUCAUCAGUUAUUUAGA